AUGAUUCAAAGCGGCUUUCAGCAGUUACUCACCGAGAUGCAGAAAUUCAACACUCGUCUCACAGGCAUUGAAUCUUCCAACCAGAUCAUCCUUGGAAACCAGCAAGCGUUGAACGAACAUGCGCAGCAGGGCCAGAAUAUGCUGAAGGAGUUGCUGGAUGCAAUGACGGCAUCAGGUGUGGCCAAGAGCACAGCAGGCAAGAAGAAUAUAUCCAACCAACACCCUGCGUUAAAACCCAUCAUACAACCAAUAUUUUUCGAGCUGUGUGGAAUAGAUAUGAAGACUGCCCGCGCAGAUCGAACAGAGCUGCUUGCGCAGAGCUUACCUCUUGAAAACAGCGAUGCAUAUGAGACAUGUGGAGGCCGCAUUGGGGGGGGGAAAAUUGAUGAUAAAGUAAAUUCUUUAUAUAUUGCAGAAGUGGUUCAGCGUGUAUGGGAUAAUGAAACGUCGUUACGAAAUGACGUUAAGAAAAAGGGAGAGAUGAAGGAUGAAGACUAUGACUGCACCGUCAUUAGCACAAUUGCUAAAUCAUACUGGCGAAACCUCAGUCAGCAAAUCUCCAGUCACGUAUCGGCUGAGAAGACAGAGAAGCUCACCAUUAAGCAAAAAAACGCUUGUCGUCGAGGAAGACGUCAAACUGUAACUGCAAACCAUUGUCGUGAAGCUGUUCCUGACUUUGAAAAAUCCUAUGGGCAUCAAGGAUCAGUAGCGCUAAUCGAUACAGAUUACGGAUCUGAUUAUGUGUCAUAUGACGAGGGUGAACUGAGCCCUGACUCAGUAGAGCGUCGUAAGGACCAGAGUCAAGGCAAAGGAAGCCGAAAGGUCAUAGGGUUGGAGUGGAGAUCAUCAGCGUAUAUAGCGUUCCUUCGGGUCCUAGAUGAGAUUCACAGGCGUAGGAAGUCUGGUGAGAUUAAAGGGGGGGAACAGGAUGGACCUGCAGAGCCUUCAGCCAAGUGCUGCAAGAUAACGAAGCCAAAGGACGUACAUAAGGCCACCUUUGAGGCCCAUCCCUCCCAGAUGAGCUCUCGUCUCCCGAAGUCAGGCAAAUCAACAGUUCUGUUCAAUACAAUGGUAAAUGCGGCAUGGUUAGACAAACACAAGGAGGUGAAGGUAGUUGAAGGAGCGGAGUGGCUCAAGGAUUUUAACGGGAGCAUUCACGAGGGAGACUUGGCGGUAGACGACAAGAAAUAUCUUGAUGAGCUUGCGGAGUGGUACGCUGAUGAAGAAGAUAAUGGGAAUUAG